CUCUGAGUUAUCGAAAGAGCUGCAACUACAACAAAAGCGUAACUCUCGGGAUCUCGUAAAUUAAUAAGAAAUUUAAUUAUUCAACCCGCCAGCGUUCGGCAGCAAUCGAAUUAAAUUGGCCAGGGUGUGCGACAAACACUUGUGGGCCAUUGCAGUUAAUAGAUUAGAGAGAUUGCCGAAGAAUUGGCCAGCGCGAAAAAAGCUCCCACUCCUCGGCGCGGUCAUUGUAGUAAAUCGUAUUGUUAACCGAGUGCGGGUGGUUGUGUUAUACUAGUCUGCAUAUAUUUUAAGUUAGCGGUGCAGUGCUUCAACUAUUCUAUGUGGCGGCAUUUUGAUGACGAAAUUAUUUUUGGAUAAGUGUUUGAUGAGAGCGGGCAAAUCGGAGGAAUCAUCACCAUCAUCAUCAGCGGAAUCGGAAUGGAGAGCGAGCGGUUGCGAAUCACGCUGGACAGCGCGGAUCGGGUUUACUUCGCUGGCGACAUAAUUCGCGGCGAGAUUUGGAUGAAUGUAAACAAGCGCACUAAAAUACGCGCGAUCAAGGUGCAGGUCACCGGCAAGGGCAAGUGCAAGUGGAUGGAGAUCCUGCGCAAGAACUCAAACAACAACGAGUACUCCCGCAGCCUGUUCUACACAAGCAAGGAGGUGUACGAGCACAGUGAGACACCACUGCCGGAUUUCGAGCCGCGUGGCCUGGAACUCUCGCCCGGGGAGCACACGUUCAUCUUCGAGGUGGCGCUGGGUCGCCAGCUUCCCUCGAGCUUCAAGGGCAGCUAUGGCGGCAUCAAGUACAAGAUGCGCGUGCUCAUCCAGCGGCCCUGGACCUUCGACGAGCGGCACACCAUUCCGUUCACCGUGGUGAAGAAUAUGCCGCUGCAACCGUCGCAGCGCAGUGUGCCCAGUUCACUGGAGAAGCAGGUGACCAAGACGAUCAGUUUGUUCGGCACACGGCCGAUCACUUUGCUCGCCCUCCUGCCGGAGGACUUUGCGGUGCGGGGCGAGCCGCUGCGGAUCUGCGCCACUGUGAUCAACAACAGCACUACCGCCGUGGAGAAGCUGCGCUUCAGUGUCCUCCAGUACGUCACCUACUACAGCCAUGUGCCGCUGCGGGUGCAAAAGGUGGAGUGCAUUGCGGUGGCCACCAAGGAGACGGGUUCGGUGCAGAAGAAGACCGAGCGGAGCUUUGCCCACGAGCUGCUGCUGCCCGAAGGGGCUCAGCCCACGGAUGAGCAGAUGAGCGGCGUCAUCACAAUCGUCUACGAGCUGCGCGUGGAGGCGGUGCUGCGGGGAUUCUUCAAGAACUUGAUACUAAAUCUACCGUUCAAGGUCUACUCACAGGACACUUGCAACAGGCUGAGUUCACUGCGUCCGCCGCCGCCACCGCGGCCAGACGAUGGUCCGCCCGGUCCGGAUGCGGGCUCCGGCAAUCCCUUCGAGCCUGCCCUGCCCGUCUACCCCUCGCUAGACUCCUCCAUUGGCUCGCCCUCCCACUCCUCGCAGUUCAGCGAGUGCAGCUCCAUCAACUCGAUAACCUCGGACUCCUCGGCGGCCACCCUGAGUCCCGCCGUCGGCGCUGGUGCCGCGAACAUGGAGCUCUCCUACACCUCGGGCUCGCAGUCCUCGCAGUACGGCAGUCCCUCGGCCAGGGCCAGCUUGCGCAGCUCCAACGUGCCCUACAUGCCCUACUCGUCCAGUCCGCUGAUGGUGCAGUCGUAUCCGCCGCCGCACCUUCCCACCUACCCGCUGCCGGAGUCGCCGCAGUACUCGCUCCUUGCCUUGACACCGCCACCCACUGGGGUGGCUGCUCCGACAGGAGGAGCAGGAGCACCGGGAUACAGCCAACUUCCAUCCACCUCGGCCUCAGCAUCGUUUCUGCAGCCCCGCCAGGCGCCUGGAGCUCAUGAGCUGCCACCUUCCUAUGAAGAGCUCUUCGGCCUGGCAAACGCACCUCCGGGAACUCCAAAGUAAGGAGUGAUAGACAGUCCUGAGCAGCCACCCAAUUACGUCCAAGCUUUGCCUAGACAUAGAGCUUCAGGUUUACUUUAUAGUGUUAUAGAGUAUCACAAUAUCGAAUAUGACCUAGACCGCCUACGCUUCGAACACAAAUAUUAAGCAAUUUGUGCACAACUCAGACGCACACUUUAAUAUAUGGUUUUCUUCUGCUUUAAUCUUCCAUGCGAAAGUUAUAUUUUGACGUACAUUUAAAUUAAUGUCUUCGUUUGUCCUAAUUUUAGAGUUAGGUUUGGACAAGGCAAAUAGUUUCUUUGGUACAAGUUCUAUAACUCAAAAAGUUGUGCAAUAUUUUUUGAAAAUUAUGUACAACUGGUUGUUCACCCUUUUUUUUCUAUAAAUAUAUGAAUGCACAUAUAUAACAUUUUAGCAUUUUUCAAUAAAAAAUCAUAUCAAAUAUCUUUAAAAAAAUAAUUAAAGAACACGUUUGCAUAUGAUUGAGUUAAGUAUUUGAAAUAAAAUAUUUAAAACAGCAAAUCUAUUACAAUCAACUAAAUUUAAUAGUUAACGUUUAAGGCUUAUGACCACUUUUAAGCGUAUUUGCCUUGUCCACCAGUUGAGCUUAACAACAUAAAUUUGUAUCCUUUAGCCGAAAAGUCUGAAGGUUUUUGGGAUAGUUAGCUUGCUGGAGCGAAGUAGAUAGAAACACAGCUAAGGCAAGCUACUACAAAUAUGAAUACCAAUUAUAUACGAACAAAUUCUAAAUUAAACUUUCAUGAAUUAUUUAGAUAAAAACGAUUUUUUUCUUAUUAAUUAAUUUUCUUCAGUCUAAAGAAUUUAUUGUUAGCUAUGAAAAGUCUGUCUUGAAUAUCAAGUAUAAUUUAAAUGCCGCCCUUACCCAGAUAGCCAAACUUUGUGCAUUUCUAGGAAUGAAAUCUGUUUUAAAUCUCAAAGACUCAUGAGUAUUUAUCUCACUACUCACCAUAACUCGAAACAUAUUUGUAACCCGCCUAUUUAUCUUUCAUCUCUUAUUUGUUCACGUCCACAUCUCCAAAGAUUUAGAUGAAAUCGUUUAUAGAUCUAGUGUCUCAAUGAAAUUCUAUACCAAAACAGGUCUUACAAUACUAUUUAUUUCUCACACUUCAUUAUAUGUUUAGCAUUUAAGUACUUAAGCACGAAUCGAAUAUUUUGAAGGAUAGUUUGGUUCUUUCAAGCCAGAAGAAUCAUUGAAUCAAUAAGCUUUAGUGCCUCUGUAUGAUGAGUAAAUCGAAUGGUUAUCGUUGUUGAAUACAAAAGUAUCGAUAAACAAUUUUUAUACACACAUUAUUGAUAAAUCAUCGUUCGGAAGCAAUGUCAACUUUUAGUUUUAAGCGCACAAAUGCAUAUUAUGUACGAUCAAACGAUUUCGUUAAGGUGCUUUACAAAUCACUAUUUUUGGAUACCAAUUUUUUAGUUUUUCUCGAAUUUAGUGCAAGUUGACUAAAUUUAAAUAUGAUUUACAUAAACGAAAAACCGAAUAAAAUGUUUAUAAAAUU